AUAGCCAUAUUAGGAAAAAUAAUUGUCUGGGAGUUAAUCAAAGCAAUGGUGGAUCAAAACAGUCUCAAACUGUACUGACAUGACUAACAUGUUUCGGAGCCGUUCGAGAUGCUUUGUAAACGGGUAUGAGAAGUUUGCACGAUCGUUAGGAAGUGUUGAGUAUUUAAGGGAUCUCGUGCAGAGAGUUUUGCAGCUGAUUGAAGAGAGAAGUCCACCUCACAGGUCGAGUUGCGAUGGUGGACUGUAUGUUGGAGCGCCUGGCAUAGGUUAUGCUUUCUAUUCCGUUGCAGAGAGCUCAGAGUUUUCUAACAUACGGGAGCAAUGCCUUGGAAAAGCCCUAGAGUACAUGCAGGUUAGCUUACGUGAAGUGUCAAGAACUCCCCCCAAUGAUGAUGGAAUUGGAGCAUCCUUUCUUUUAGGGCAUGCAGGGAUUUAUGCAGUGUCAGCACUUGUCUUCAAUGCCCUAGGACGUCAACAAGAAACACAGCAGUGUAUCCAAAAAUUUCUAGAGAUGGGAAACAUCUGUCGACCAGUGAACUUCUUUCGACCUGGCUCUGAUGAAUUGUUUGUUGGCAGAGCUGGCUACUUAUGUGGGUCACUUCUCUUGAACAGAAAGCUUGGAGGAAACGUGGUACCUUCAGGGGUCACAAGAUCCCUAUUUGAUGCUAUCAUAGAGUCAGGUAGACAGUACUCGCAGAAACAUCACUCAAAAAGUCCUCUCAUGUACUCAUACUACAGGACAGAGUACUUGGGGGCUGGUCAUGGCCUUUCCUCUAUUCUUCAAAUAUUGCUCAAUUUUCCAGAGCAUUUUACAGACAGAAAAGAAGUUGAAACUCUCAUUCAACAUGCUGUAGACUUUGUGCUGUCCUGCGAGUGGCCAAAUGGAAACUAUCCACCUGUCCCCGGGGAGGCCCGUGAUCAGGAAGAUGAGCUGGUACACUGGUGUCAUGGUGCCCCUGGGGUUGUUUACCUUCUUGCCAAAGCUUAUCUUACUUGGAAGGAUGAUAAAUACUUGCAAGCUGCAAAGAGGUGUGCUGAACUCACAUGGCAGAAAGGACUGCUCCGCAAAGGGCCUGGAAUAUGUCAUGGUGUGGCAGGAAGUGGAUAUGUCUUCCUGCUGCUUUAUCGCCUUACAAAGGAGGACGAAUACCUGUAUCGUGCCCAGAAAUUCUCUGAGUUUAUGCAAACAAAAGAGUUCCAGACGGGAGCCAGAACACCGGACUCUCCGUACAGUUUAUAUGAAGGCCUGGCUGGAACUGUCUGUUUCUAUACCGAUCUUUUGAGUCCUUCUUCAGCUUCGUUUCCAUUCUUUGAAGUCUUUUAGUGAUGACCUUUGGCAUGUUAUAAAAAAAGGCAACAUCCUUAAGGAUAUUUGGAGUCGUCCAAGUUAAACCGGGUGGUUUUCGUGCGAACCACUUUUAACGAUGGUUUUUGGCGUUCGCACCAAUCUCGCCCAUUUUGUUAAAAAAAAAACCUAGAACACCGAGAAUGGGAUUAUAGAGAGGAAACAGAACUCUAACAUAAGUUUAUCAGCUAACACUUUCCGACAUGCAAACAUUUAUUGUCCUGUUUCUUUGUAAAAAUUACCUCGUUACUAUCGAAAGAAACUGUUUGUGUGUGAAGAGGGCCUGGAGUGGAACCCGUCAAACAGAAAGCGUUUUGAAAACAGCGGACCUUUAGACUGUUAGUAGGUGUUAGUCUACCCCUAGGCUACCUCUGUGAUGUACAUUCCGACAAUGUCGGGAGUUUGUGGUAAAUGUUUGCCGUAGGUGGUUGCUCUGGAGAAGUGCGUGAAGAACGCAUUUCCUGAGCUUACCGCGCAACAACCGGGGGAGGGGGGCAGGGAAUUCAGAACCUCCCGCUUCCCGUACCCUGUUCUUCUGCCUCCUGCCCCCAGCACCCCCCCCCCAACACACACACACACACGCGCGCGCGCACACACACUAAACACAGCGGUGAUAUGUAAAAAUGUGGUUGUAGUUCUUCGUUCGGUCGAGCAAAAAGGUUGACGCUUAAAGCGUCCACCUCACUCUAAUAGGGAGUUUAAGAAAACCACGACAGUAGUGGGAACGCUAAGGUUCAAUGAACGGAACAAUGGUUGUG